AUGGCAUCCCUCCUCCCCUUACUCCUGCUCUCCGCCGUCUCAGCCAUUCCUACCCCCGUGCAGAAUAAAACUACUCCAUCUCCAUCUCCCUGGGACGCAGGCGCAAUCACUCAAUACCCAAUCCACUCAAGCUGCAAUGCAACUCAGCGUCUGCAGAUCGAGACUGGCCUCAACGAGUCCAUCGCUCUAGCUAAUCACGCUAAGGAGCACAUCCUCCGCUGGGGGAAUCAAAGCUCGAUCUACCGGAAGUACUUUGGGGAUAGACCUUCUUUUGAACCGAUUGGCAUCUAUGAACUCCUGAGCAGCGGAGACAAGGGAAAUGUGCUUUUCCGAUGCGAUAAUCCGGAUGGGAAUUGCGAUAAUGAAGGCUGGGCAGGCCACUGGCGUGACACAACCGCGCCCAACGAAACCGUCAUCUGCGAUCUAAGCUACUCAACUCGACGGUCCCUAACCACCAUGUGCUCCCUCGGCUAUACAGUUUCCAACACCGAGACAAACACCUUCUGGGCCGCAGACCUUCUGCACCGGCUGUUCCACAUGCCUUCAAUUGGACAGAAUUGGGUUGACCAUUUCGCGGAGGGGUAUGAUGAGGUUAUUGAGCUGGCCGCUGGUAAUAAGAGCGUUUCCACGAGGGACACGGACACGUUGCAGUAUUUUGCGCUCGAGGCUUAUGCGUUUGAUAUUGUUGUUCCAGGGGUUGGAUGUCCUGGAGAGCACAACCAUGAGCAUGAACAUGAGGAUGAGGAUAAGGCGGAUGGUGGCAAUUUACCUGAGAACUGUCACACCCACGAGGGAGGGGAGGUGCAUUGCACUUAG